AUGGAAACAUUCCCUCAACUUCGCGUCCUCAUCUUGAAGUCUAACAAGUUGAAUGGUACUAUGUUGGAGCCUUCAAAGACCGAGCAUCCGUUUCCAAAGUUACAAGUCUUGGAUAUAUCAAGAAAUGUAUUUGUUGGCUCUUUACCUGAUAGAUAUAUCAAGAAUUUUGAAGGUAUGAUAGAUGCCAAGGAUAAUCUGACACGCGUUGGGAAGGAUGAGCUCCAAACAUUUUUAGACUUACGUGUCAUUUUGAAAGGUUUGGAUCAGGGAUUGUCAAGAUUAUUGGAUACGUUUACAAUGAUUGACUUAUCUUCCAAUAGAUUUUCCGGGAAUAUUCCAGUUUCCAUCGGCAAUCUUAAUUCUCUUAGAUACUUGAAUUUGUCCAGUAAUACUCUCACGGGAGAGAUUCCUGUAUCUCUUGGGAAUAUAAGUAUUCUUGAGUCAUUGGAUUUGUCAUGGAACAGAUUUAGUGGAAAAUUUCCAAGUGAUCUGACAGGGUUGACGUUUCUUUCGAAAUUAAACCUAUCAAUGAAUAAUCUUGUGGGGCAGAUACCACAAUCUAAGCAGUUUUCCACGUUUCAGAAUGAUUCAUACAUAGGAAACUCAGGAUUGUGUGGAGUUCCGUUGGCAAAGCAGUGUGAACCAACUGAUAGAAAACCAGUGUUUCCUCCAGAAGAUGAUGAUGAUGAGUCAGGAUUUAUAGAUGGAUUUGGUUGGCGAAGUGUGGUUAUGGGAUAUGGGUGUGGAUUUGCAGUUGGAAUUGGAAUUGGUUACAUGAUUAUAAGAAGCGGAAGGCCAAGAUGGUUAGUGGAAUUCUUUUUUGGAGUCGGAUAUAAUAAUAGUAAGGUGAAGAGAAGAAAUAGAGCUAAAGCAACAAGAAGAAGGUGAGUGAAGACAAACAUUGUGCUUUUGUAUUAUGUUUUGCAUAUAAUGCAUAUUAAAGUAUGUAAUGUUGCAUUUGUAUGUUUGGUUACUUUUGUUUAGAAACUCAUGUGAUUGUACUAUUGUGUGAUUAAGCCCUUACAUGCAA